UGAAAAUUUUGCUUAGCAAUCACUGAGCCAGCCACCGCUGCUCACUGAAAAGUGAAUACUACUACUACUGCAAGUACAAAAUGUCAAAUUUCAGCAGGUUUCUGUUCACGAACGGCGUCGUAGUUCCUCCGGCCGACACACCCCCGGUUGCAACCUUACUGCAAUCUUGUCCCGGUGCAUAUACGACAAGUCGUACUCACAAUAAUGGGGCGGAAAUCAUGUUUUGGCAAAGACAUUUAUCCAGGCUCUCAAAUUCUGUUAAAGUCCUUUUGAAUUCCAGGCCCGAACUUUUGUUUAAAGCUGGAGAAGAUAUGGUACCUUUUGUUAAAGUGUCAGAGAAAUCUUUGAAAUGGGAUCUCGUCAUUCGUGCUCUAGUCAAUGAUUCGAUGGGAAAAGCUUUGCCUUUUGUGCUGAAAGAGAGGAAAUGUGGGGAGGAAAUGUCGAUUACGACACUAGUGAGUGGAAAUUUGGAGUCUUUAAGGGAGAUUGAGGACGUCAAUGAGGAAAGACUGAAAGCAGUCUUUGAUGUUUAUUUGCAUUUUGGUGGCUAUGUUCCCCGUGUUUUUGGAAUCCAAGGAAAUGGUGCGCGUUUAGCUGUGGUGGGACGCGGUAGGGAUAUCGCUAAUGCAAAGUAUUCGGAUUGGGUGAGGCUUAGGAAGGAUUUGGAGAAGCUGAGGCCACCUUCAACUACUGAGCUUCUAUUGUCAAACAAUGGUGAUCACAUCUUAGAAGGAUGCCUAACGAAUUUCUUUGUUGUUUGUGGCAAGGAUGAAUGUGGAGAGAUUUAUGAGCAGAAUGAUUUCGACUAUGAAAGAUCUGUCGAAGUACAGACAGCUGCUGUUAGUGAAGGUGUGCUUCCUGGAGUUAUACGCCAAGUAAUAAUUGAGAUAUGCUUGAGGAAUGGGAUCCCGUUUAGAGAAGUUGCGCCAUCAUGGUCACAGCAUAACAUGUGGAGAGAAGCAUUCAUUACAAAUAGCUUGAGAAUUAUAGAACAUGUAGAGACAAUUCUAGUCCCAAGUUCAUGGAAAUCCAUGGAAUCAAAAACUUCAACGGAAAUAAGAUGGGAGGAGAAACAAUUUGAGGUCACUCCCGGGAGGGUAACAUCAAUAAUACAGAAGGAGGUAAUGGAAAUAGCAGGAUUUGAAGCAUACCCAGUUGCUUUAUGCAAAGACUGAUACUCUUGCAUGGUCGAGGGAACAACGAUGAGGCAACAUAUUAAAAGCUAAGAACACGUUUAUAAUGGGUUAUCAAAAGGCUGCAUACAUCUGUAAGCUGUGAGAGGGAAAUGGAGUAUCAGAAUUACCAUAUAUGAUGGUGGCCACUAUGAGAUUCAAUGCUUGACAAAUCUGAUGAAUACUGUGGUGUUAUGAUCUUCUCGACAGACAUGUACGACUCAGAUGCCAUUUAUGGAUAUUAUACCAUCUUAUGAUUUUAUGCAAUACUGAUGAAUAGGGUGGUCUCAUGAUCUUAGUACAUGUCUGGCUUUCUCCCUGUUUGUCAUUUUAGGGAGAGAUUAGAUAGAUGUACGAAGCAAAUGUCUCAAAAUUUUAAGACUCUGUGUAUUGUGCCAUCUGAAAACGCAAACCGAACUAAGACAAUGGCCUCAAUAUCUCAAGAAAAUAGUAUGAAUUCAACUUCUAUGCAUUCUUUUUCUCUUUGUA